UCCAAUGUCAACUGCUCUUAACACGCCUGUUACCCAACGACACCAACGAAGUCAUACGCCGAUCAACCUGGAAGACGAGCGAAAGCCGCCAAUCUCAAGCAAUCACAUCCUACAAUAACGACAGCCCUGGAUUCGGACCAUUUCUCAUCGCAGCAAUUAUGGUCAAUGCCGCUGAGUGGCACGAACAGCUUCGCUACGUCUCAGAAACCGUAGCAAUUGUGGAUGACUUUCGAAACUGGGGCUACACCAUUUACCGCACGGCCUAUGGGCCAUCAACUGAUCAGCAAUGGCAGCAACUCCUUGAAAAAAUUAGAACACAGGCUUACGCUGCGACAUUGAGAGUGUGUGAAGCAGAUGACCCCGCAGUUCAAGAAAUUUGGUCUCUCUUCCGCCUCGAUGCGCGCUCGGACCCUGCGCUGGAUGGCCUAAGUAUGGAGCAGCUUCGACUGCAGUACAGGAACAGCGACGGAGGUGUCCCAAUAAAUGCAGACCUCUGGUCCCAUCGCGUGUUUCUUUUAGCAGACAAGGAGGUCCUGUUAGAUACUAAUGCCUUCCUUCUUAAGUGUGUCGAGGCAGACUAUGAAGCCGCAGACCAUGUUCCUCGUAAUACGUGGCUGGGUGGACAAUGGUAUUUCGGUUGGAUGCUAAUGAGAUCCGCAGAGAUAGUGGAAUUGUGGAAGGAACUGGAAUUUUAUGAUCUGGAUAGAAUUGCCCCUCGAACGGUUGCGGGGUGUCACCCGGAGAUUUGGAAAAACAUGGCAUGGUAGCUUCAUGUUUUCAAGUCCUUAAACCCUGAUGCAUUGAUGAACGCCUAGUUCAUCCUUGUAAUAGCGAUAGUCAAGCCUAGGAAUCGUGUCUCUAAGUUUGCCAUGAGCUUCAGCACGAUCCUAGCAUUAGCACUGGUCCUAACAGCCCAAAUCCCUCGCAUCGUUCAAAUCGUAUCUUGGGCCCAAGCUGAAUACCUAGUAAGCCAUACACAACAAUCCUGUAUCCAU